AUGGACAACUCUCUAUCAGCGAGAUCGAGUUUAACUUUCGGAGAAACACUGUGCGUGGUGUUCGUUCCGGUGAUCGCAAUCGCUGAAGCUUUGUUUUAUGGCUUAACAAGUUGCUUCAGUUUCCGUAGUUCAGAGCAGAAGAAGAAAGAGAAGAAGUUUUCUUCUACUUUCGAGGAUAUUCUCGCUCUCGCUAAUGAUUCUCCUUUUAAUGUGAAUGAAGUAGAGGCUUUGCAUGAGCUGUACAAGAAGUUGAGUUGUUCAAUCAUUGACGAUGGUCUUAUCCAUAAAGAAGAGCUUACACUGGCACUAUUGAAGACCACAGUUGGCAAGAAUCUUUUCCUUGAUAGGGUGUUUGAUCUCUUUGAUGAAAAAAAGAAUGGUGUUAUAGAAUUUGAGGAGUUUGUGCAUGCUCUCAGUGUCUUUCAUCCUAAUACUCCUUUGGAAAAGAAAAUUGAUUUUGCUUUUAGGUUGUAUGACUUGAGACAGACUGGAUACAUUGAACGAGAAGAAGUUCGACAAAUGGUGGCUGCCAUUUUAUCAGAAUGUGGCAUGUAUGUUGAAAAUGAAAUCCUUGAAGCCAUCAUUGAUAAGACAUUUCAAGAGGCUGAUGCUGACAAGGAUGAUAGAAUAAGUAAAGAAGAGUGGAGGGAGUUUGUCAUUCGGAACCCCUCACUCUUAAGGCACCUGACUCUUCCUAAUCUGAAGGAGGUAACCACAGUAUUUACGAGUUUCAUUUUCAACACUGGAGUUGAAGAUUCCCACUGGUAA